GAUGCGAUCAGUCUCACACGUGCUGAGGCACUGGCGGGCAUGGAACGCUACGCCUUUGGUUUCCGGCAGCAUGGCGUGCUUUCGGGAGACCGGAUGUGCAUUCACCUGGACAAUACGGUGGAAAAUUUAUUGGCUAUGUACGGCUGCGUCCUAGCAGGAGCUACCAUUGUCUUAGCGAAGACAUCGCUGACUGAAGGAGAAAUCCGCUACCAUGCAGAAGACGGUGACUGCACGCAUAUCAUCACUGACGAGCAGUAUGCCGUGAAGGUCAAGGCAGCAGUCGCAAGACUGAAUAUGAAGGCUUUUUUUUGCAUGGGUCGUGCCACGGGCUUUGUGUCUGCUUCCGACUUUUUGAAGCUGGACGAGCAAGAAUUCCACGAGUGUGCCAUUGCCGACCCUCGUAGCACCGUUCUAGCUGUGUGCUACACGUCGGGAACCACGGGGAUGCCGAAGGGCGCUGAGAUUACGCACUACAAUCUCGUUGCAUGCUACUACAUGAUGAGGGGAAACUUACCGUGGGACGAAGGAGACAUCUUUUUUGGCACAUUGCCGAUUACACACGUGUCGGGUAUGGCGUUCGUCAUGGCAGCUUUGCUGGAUGGCACUUGUUGCGCUAUCGUAUCGGCCAAGCUGACUCCUGCAGAAAUCCUGGACACUGUCGACAAGUACAAGUCGACGGCGGCGUUGUUCUUCCCGUGUCAGCUCCAAGAUAUCGUGCGUGAGAUGAGACGCACUGGACGGGGAAUGUCCAGCAUGCGAAGAAUCGCCGUGGGUGGGAGUGUGGUCUCACCUUCCACAGUGAAGGCAGCGCGGAAAUCUUUCAGUGGUCUCAACCUCCUGCUGAAUGUGUACGGAUUGACGGAAUCGUGCGGCAUUAUCACAUGUCAACCAAAGACAGGCGAGCCCCAAACUACUGCUGAUGUAGGGGUUCCCUUACCCGGUGUACAGAUAAAGGUUGUGGAUGUGAGCACACGCCAGAAACUGAGUGCGCACCAGACAGGCGAGAUCUGCUUCCGCACAUUUUCUAUGGUGAGAGGUUAUUACAAGCGACCAAAAGAAACUGCCGAGCUUUUCGACGAAGAAGGCUGGUGUUUGUCAGGUGAUGCAGGAUACUACGACGAUGACGGCCGCCUGUACAUCUUCGAUCGCCUGAAACAGAUGAUCAAGUGCAUGGAUAAGCAGGUCGUCCCCGUAGAGUUAGAAGACCUGCUACUCCGACAGCACGCGGACGAGAUCGCCGAGGUUUGCGUAGUCGGCCUUCCGCACUCCGACUACGGUGAGGCACCUGCGGCUGCCAUCGUACUUACGGAGAACGGCUGCAUGCAGGAACUACCGACACUGGCCGAGAGGAUAAAGGAUACGGUCGCCAGUAACCUUGCUGUCUAUAAGCACCUGUAUGGGGGUGUUUAUUUUGUGGACUCUUUCCCGAAGACGGAGACAGGAAAAGUCAACAGAACAGCUCUGGCUCGCUCUCUCUUAAGUGUUUAGCUGUGCACUGUAUUCUAGUAUAUAUAUUUCGUUUUUAUCAUUACUAAAUUUUUGUGUCACUAAUAAUUUCGUGUGUUGCUCUAGUAGGCAUUCUACGUAUUCAGGUUGUCUACUUACUAAGAAUUUGAUUAUUUACACUACAGUUAUGAUUAUUUGACCCCUUAUAUAAGUUUCCUACUUAUGUACGAAAGAUUCCUCCCUGUAAUUCUUUCAGCAUCGAUAUAAAAUUUUGCCGCACUUGUGUAGCCUAACAUAGCAUGUUCCCCUUACUGUAUGGACUUGAACGUGAGGCGCAUAGCCGAAAGCCCCUUCCGUGUUUGUCCGUGGCCCCUCCACAAUACGAAGCACGCCAAAUCUCAAUUGCGUUUUCAUAUUAUGCUUAGUGUUUUGCACCAGUAUGUGUCCGCUUUUAUGAAGUCUCUUGUGUAUAUACUUUGAAUUAAGGCAAAAAAUUACAAUUAAGAAAGCUCACAAAAUUUUGCACCUAAGGUUAAGAAAGAAUACCACUUAUUCACCAAAUGCAUGCUUGAUUGAGCAACAAUCAUGAUCGCGCUGCAGGAAACUCGAGGGCUUGACAGAGGCGGACAGAGUGGAUAUACAUCGGGUUAUGUGUAGUUCGUAAACAGCAUGAU